GGUUUUGCUCUUUACACUGGUACUCGAUCAACAUGGCGGCUCCUUCACAAGAAACAGCACAAGUUCCCAGAAACUUUAAGCUGUUGGAUGAACUUGAACAAGGACAGAAGGGGGGUGAUGGCAGUAUAAGCUGGGGUUUAGACAAUGAUGAUGAUAUGAGCCUGACAUAUUGGAAUGGAAUGAUUUUAGGUCCACCAAGGACGCCGUUUGAAAGUAGGAUUUAUUCCUUAAAGAUAGAAUGUGGCCCUCAGUAUCCAGAUAGGCCUCCCACUGUCAGGUUUGCCACUAGGAUAAAAAUGACGUGUGUAAACGAAUCUUCUGGAGUAAUCGAGACAAAAAAACUAGAAAGUGUGAGAAAUUGGAAUAGAAGCAUGUCAAUAAGGAACGUACUACAGGAUAUUCGGCGCCAAAUGACACUAAAGGAAAACAGUAAAUUGUCUCAACCCCCAGAAGGAAGUUCGUUUUGAUUGGACUGUACAAUAAUUAAAAAAAAAAGUGCUAGAUGAUUUUGAAUUGUUUGACUGGAACAUCACAAGAGAAGAUUGGUUUGUGGACCUUUCUUGAUACACUAGAAAUUUACUAUUCUAGACAAAAAUAAAAUUUGAAGGGUAAAUCCUCUACUGAUUCUGUUUAAGUGUGUACGCUGUGCAUUAUGUUUUGAUCCUGCGUACCAGAAUACUGAGAUUGCUUGUAAUUUGUAGGCAUUUCUGUCAUUGUUCAAUGUCAAUCCGGGGGAGUUUUCAGUAUCAGAACACAAGAAAUUGCUAGUAUUUUUGUCUAGUGUAUUUUUCAUCCAUAAGAAUUGGUAUUUGCUUUUUCAAGGAUUAAGAUUAGGAACUUGAAUGAAAUGUCAAAAAAUUUUAUCUUUCGAAAUCUGAUUUAUAUCCUGAUGCUAUACUAUGAAGUGCUUACAUACUGAUGUGUUACAUGUAAGGAAUAGGAUUAUGGCAUAGUUUUCCUCCCAAAGUAUUGAAUUAUUCACAUUGCCAAGGUCAUUAAAUGCCGAAAGCUGUGGAUUUAUUAAAGGGCAUAGCAAUACAACUGUACACUUUACUGCAUCAACAUCUUAUGUUUUUGUUUAUUUCAUUUCUGGUAAAAAUAUGCAAUAGCUCUGACAUGAAUUAUGUUGUCAUUGGUUUAGGACAAUCACUAGAUUAACUAGAAUUUUAUUAAAGUAUCAUUCAAAAGAAUAAUCACUAGAUUAACUAGAACUUUAUAAAAGUACCAUUGAAAAAAAAAUUAUAACUGAAGUUCCAAUCCCAGAAUUUUUUAUAUAAAUAAAACUUGCUAGUGCCACCAUUAUUUACUUUCAUGCAAGAUGAAAUAAUUUUAGUAUACAAAUGUAUAGAAAAUCACCAAAGUCAUUUUCACUUAUUGGAAAAGAAUUUUUGAACUGUUUUCUGUGAAUGUUACAUUUAGUUUCUGUGUGAUAAAGUUUUCUCCCCUUUGUAGAUGGGAUACCACUUCAUCAGUUGGUGCAGUGGGGUCUUCAUAUUGAUGCUUUACUUGUAAAACUUUCAUCGUUAGAUGAAUGCUGAUGAUUGACACAUGUAUUUGGUUCAUUUUGUCCUACUCUUGAUAAAAUAAACUUAUUCUCAAUU